AUGUGUCCGUACAGAUGUCCCAACCAUCAUCUUCGCUGUGGCAGUUCAACCGUCGCCCUUCCCCUGCCCCAGGAGGACUCAAUCCAUUUCUUGAAUGGUUCGGUCCUCCACGGGGGUCACUUGUACCCCCCGGAGUUGCAUUGGAAAGAGGCAGACGUGACAUACGGUUGUUUCUGCCAAAUUAAUGAGAGUAGCCCGUGUCUAGUGAAAUGUUGCGAUGAAAAUCAAGUUCUAAGUGAUUCAGUUGUAUCUAAGUGUGUGCCGAGGGCCAAUGGGACGUUAGGCCUCAGGCUGAGGCCUGAGAACCUCCACGAGGAUGUGAGGCAUGUCGAGAACGUCAGCGAUCACUUCAGGAUCUUCACCAAGGAGAUAUGUCCAGGGGUGAGAAGUCGUUUGGAACCGGAAAAUAUUCCUGAAGACAACUUCACGCUGUACGGUAAUGGAAGCCUUUACGCGUUGGACCAGCUGAUGUAUCAGGGUGGAUUCUGCGUUGACUGGGACGAAGAGAAUAUCCUACGAGUUCUUGUCUGUCUCACUGCUGAUCCGGAGCCAGUCACUGUCGAGGAAUCCAUUUACAGACUCGGGAUCAUUGUUUCGAUUCCAUUUCUUGUGGCCACCUUCAUGGUAUAUGCUGUCAUUCCGGAACUGAGGAGUUUAUAUGGAAUGACGCUGAUGUGUUACGUUGGGUGUCUUAUCGCUGCUUAUGUGCUGCUGGUGAUUAAUCAGACCUUUGUUUAUUAUGGAAGCAUUCUCUGCACCAUCAUCGGUAAGUUUUUAGAGGAUUUGGAGAGAGAAUAG